AUGUUGUGGUUCCUGUUGGAAUCAGGCGCAGCUGUCUGUGAAUUUUUUUUAAAGGCAGCCUGUGGAAAAGGAGGCAUGUGCCCAUUCCGACACAUCAGUGGGGAAAAGACAGUUGUUUGCAAACACUGGCUACGAGGACUGUGCAAAAAGGGAGACCAGUGCGAGUUUCUGCAUGAGUACGACAUGACCAAGAUGCCUGAGUGUUACUUCUACUCCAAAUUUGGGGAAUGCAGUAACAAAGAAUGUCCAUUCUUGCACAUCGACCCGGAGUCUAAGAUCAAAGACUGUCCCUGGUAUGACAGAGGCUUCUGUAAACAUGGUCCCCUCUGCAGACACCGGCACACUCGAAGAGUCAUUUGUGUGAAUUACCUAGUAGGAUUCUGUCCAGAGGGGCCUACCUGUAAAUUCAUGCACCCUCGGUUUGAACUGCCAAUGGGAACCACAGAGCAACCACCACUGCCUCAACCGACACAAACACAGCAAAAGAGGACACCCCAAGUCAUCGGAGUCAUGCAGUCUCAAAAUAACAACACUGGGAACAGAGGACCCCGGCCGUUGGAGCAGGUCACCUGCUACAAGUGCGGUGAAAAAGGUCAUUAUGCCAACAGAUGCACCAAAGGACAUCUGGCCUUUCUCAGUGGACAGUGACAGAGCAGAACGAAGAGCGCAAGGGAGCUAUUAACACUGAGAAAAGGUUUCUGCCUAGCACUAUGUCUUGAACUAUUAAUCAGGUUGUUUUUUAAUGCCAUUACUGAAAGAACUGGUCAGAGGCUGGCUGCUGCUAAGCAACAUUUUUGUAAUUGUCCACAACUUUUUUUUUUAUGUUUUAACCUUUUUAAAAUAGAUUUUGGCCUCCGCCUGUUUUCAUUGAGCCCCGCUGAGAGGUAGACCUAAAAGCCGAUAGAUAUGCAACCCCCUCACCGGUGCAGCACUCUACGUAAACGCAUCUUACGCCAGUGUUUCUUUAAAGUGUUUUCCUUCUGCCACUUCUCUUUGGAGAACCUGCAGCGUUUCAGCCCUCUCUUUGGAAGCAGGAAGACUGACUGGGAAAACUAAUACUUGAAAUGCCUUCCCUUCAGUGAGGAAGCAGGGAUUCUGCUGUCCUGUAGCUCUUAAAAAGCAAAGUCGUGUUCCCUGGUCCAGCCUGUUGUAGUCGGUACGCUUGUCCUGGUGGCUGACUUAACGCAUCAUGUACAUCAGGCUGCAAAACUCUCGUCCACUUGCUUUGUUUCUGUGCUUCUUGCUAUACUGAAGGUUAGAAAUCAAUCUUCUGGGUGAGAACUGAUCAAGGGGAGGAUUAAUUGGCAUCUUGGUGGUUAGCCAAACAAUGAGGAACAAUGAUUGUAGGAAAUCCACAUCUGUGCUCAUUUUCCAUUUGCAAAAAGCAAGGAGGGAAAUGAGCAUGGCUUGAAGAGUAGGAACAGAAGAGUCUUGUCUCAGCCCCCUGUCGUCCAGCUCACACCGAGCAGGUAUUUCCGUAGCCUAGA